AUGGCUGAAGCAAAAACGCAGUUAUUCGUGACCGGAAUCAACCAGCAUCAUUCGAAGAGCACCGAAAAUGAGAGGCCAAAUCCUGUAAACACGGAGGAUCAACCGACCGACAACUGGGCGUCUUCCACAACCAUAAUCUUUCUUCUUCCGGCUACGCUGACAGCAUCGCCGGUGCGAAACGUCGUAAACAGCUGCGCUGUGCAUCGCUGCAUCUUGCGGGCGGUAUUUAGACAGCAGACGAUGACGACGUUGAACAAGAACGACGUCGACAUAAGCAAUCCCCGAAUUUCUACAUCAAAACUACGCCAACGCUAA